AUGCUGGGGACCGUGCUGCUGCUGCUGGCCCUGGCCAAGCCAGCGUGCCCGAGUCCAGCUGGUGCGGCGAGCAGGCGGGCUGAGGCACUGAAGAGGCUCCUGGAAGUCUUUGGCAUGGAAGACCCCCCACCCCCCCCGGCUCACUUCAAGCAGCCGCCCCAGUACAUGGUGGAUCUAUUCAACACCGUCGCCAAUGCGGAUGGUGUCACCAAGAACCCCGACAUCCUGGAGGGCAACACGGUCCGCAGCUUCUUGGAUAAAACUCACGGCGAGAAGAUGCGGUUCUUCUUCGUCCUCUCCAGCGUGGCCAAGAACGAGAAGAUCCUGACAGCAGAGCUGCAUCUCUUCCGCCUCUGGCCGAGGGCCACCGACGGGCCCAAAAGGCACCACUUCUGCCAGGUCAGCGUCUACCAAGUGUUGGAGAAGAGCGAGCCGGACGCCCCCGGAGGAAAGAAGCUACUGGCAGCCAGGCUCGUCUCACUGCAGGGCUCCGGCUGGGAGGUCUUUGCCAUCACGCAGGCUGUUCGUGACUGGACCGAAGACGAAAGCAGCAACCAGGGUUUGCUGGUGACAGUCCAGGGCCUGAGCGGGAGCCCGCUCGACCCCCCACUGCUGCAGUUCGCAACCAGCAGGGACCACCAUGAGAGCAAGAAGCCCAUGUUGGUCCUGUUCACGGACGACGGGCGCCGGGGAGCGUCCCUGCCCAUGGCUGGCUUCCCAGAUUUACAGCCUCAGGCUCCCAUUCUCCCUGAAAAAAUGUCGGUGCCCAAGCUGACUGGGCCACGCAGCACACGCUCGCUGGACCGGCUCCAGCCCUGCCAGAGGCAUCCCUUGUCUGUGGACUUCGGAGGCUGGUCCGGCUGGAUCAUCUCGCCGCGGGGGUACAACGCCUACCACUGCAAGGGCUCCUGCCCCUUCCCGCUGGGUGAGAACAUGCGGCCGACGAACCAUGCCACCGUGCAGUCCAUCAUCAACGCCCUCAAGCUGAGCGAGGGCGUCAGCAGCCCCUGCUGCGUGCCCGACAAGCUCUACUCCAUCAACCUCCUCUACUUUGACGAUGACGAGAACGUGGUCCUUAAGCAGUAUGACGACAUGGUGGCCGGGAGCUGCGGCUGCCACUGA